UAAGGUUGGGUUUCUUCAAAGCAAAAAAGGUUUUGGGUUGUUAAUUAGAAGGUUCUUCUUCAAGUUCUUAGACCCUUAAACCUUGACGUGUUCAAUUUACAAAUACAAAACCCUCAAAGGUUCAAAGCUUCAUUUCAUCAAACACAUGGCGUCCAUGAUAUCCACCAAAACCAACCUCUUCCGCUACGCUUCUCGCUCUCUCUUCUCUCACCUUCUUCGCAAUCCCACACCCACUUCCUCUCUUCUUUCACCAUCACUCUCUCGUCAUCUUUCACACCAACCUCGCCAGGUUGAGAAGCAAGUUUAUGGUAAUGGGUCGUUGAUGCUGCAUCAGAGGUUUCUAUCUAGUACUGAUAAUCAUGAUAAAUCACCACCACCACCGAAUAAACCACCAUCUGAUAGUAAUUCAUCAAACAGUGAUUCUGAUUCUGGUCAAGGAAAAGAGUCUGGUGGAGAGCAGAAACAGAAUAGUGAUUACCAAAAAUCUCUUCGCGGAUCGCCAGUUGCUUGGUUGAGCUUUGUUUUUCUGAUUUUAACUGGAGGUGGAUUGGUAUAUUACUAUGACAAGGAAAAGAAACGACAUAUAGAAGAUAUACAAAAUGUUUCAGAGGCAGUUAAGCAGGGACCUUCUGCGGGAAAAGCUGCGAUUGGGGGUCCAUUUGAGCUUACGAACCAUCACGGGAAACGUGUAACUGAUAAGGACUUCAUGGGUAAAUGGACAUUGAUGUAUUUUGGAUUUACUCACUGCCCAGAUAUCUGUCCUGAGGAACUACAGAAGUUAGUAGCUGCAGUUGAUAAAAUAAAGGAGAAAUCUGGAAUUGAAACUGUGCCAGUUUUUAUCUCUGUUGAUCCUGAGAGGGAUACUGUUGAACAAGUGGCUGAAUAUGUCAAAGAAUUUCAUCCAAAGUUGAUUGGAUUAACUGGUAGCCCAGAUGAGAUAAAAAGUGUUGCACGUGCGUAUCGUGUUUAUUAUAUGAAGACAGCAGAGGAAGACUCGGAUUAUCUUGUUGAUCAUUCCAUAGUCAUAUACUUGAUGGCACCUGACAUGGGAUUUGUGAAGUUUUUCGGCAAGAACAAUGACGUUGACUCACUUGCUGAUGGAGUAAUUAAGGAGAUAAAGCCGUAUAUUAAGUAACAUGCUCACCUUGCUAUUCGUAGCACUUCUUCAUUGUUUGAGAUAAAUUGUCAUUGAAUUUAGGCUUUAUGGUAGAAAACUACACAACCAAGUCUAAAAUAAUUUGAAGGCUAAUUCCUUUUAGAUAAUUUUGGAGAUUUGACAGUUUUAAUAGGGCAACUUGACGUCAAUGUUUCAAUGGUUGUUAUUGUACUUAAAAAAAGAUUAGGGAAAUUUUUGUGAUGCAAGUAUCACGUCCAUUGAACAUUUUAAUUUAUCUUAUCUUUAUCAUGAAA